AUGAAUAUCGAUGAAUCCGAUCCUCACCAUGAAGAAGUCUGGGACGACUCUCUUCUAAUCGAUUCCUGGAAUCAGGCUCUGAAAGAGUACAAAAAGUACCACAGCAUCCACGCGAAAGGCGGCAACAUCCGAGACUUGGAAGAAGCCGACGCUAGUUCAUCCAAUAAGGUCAUAGAGGCUCUCAAAGUGGACGAAGCAGGCAGUCAACCGGUGACCGAGACCGAGAAACACGUCGAAGAACUGCCGAGUAACGAUGCUGAUGCAGCAAUGAAUGAUUCCUCUGAGCAGCAUAGCUCACAACCGGGGCACGGCUUAAGCUCCAUCCCCAGCGCGUUUCCGUCUCAGGCACUCCUUGGCACAGAUGCCGCACUGACACUGGGGAAACUUUCCGAGCUGCGAUUAACAGUGCGCGAUGACAAUCUGAAAAAGCUCCUCAUGUCAUGGUACUACGCUGGCUAUUAUACCGGCUUGUUUGAGGGGCAGCAGCAAGCACAGCAGCAGGCACCGCAUCCCUGA